AUGGUUAGAGACUGCAGACAUGAUACAAGAGAUGGUCAGAGACUGCAGACAUGCUACAAAAGAUGGUCAGAGACUGCAGACAUGAUACAGGAGAUGGUCAUAGCCUGCAGACAUGGUACAGGAGAUGGUCAUAGCCUGCAGACAUGAUACAGGAGAUGGUCAUAGCCUGCAGACAUGAUACAGGAGAUGGUCAUAGCCUGCAGACAUGAUACAGGAGACGGUCAGAGACUGCAGACAUGAUACAGGAGAUGGUCAGAGACUGCGGACAUGCUGAAGGAGAUG